AUGGUCUCUUUGCGCGUUCUCAUCGUGGAUUCAACGGGUAUCAGCACACUGCCCGAGGUGCUCAGUUCUUUGGACAGGUUGCACACUCUCAGCAUCAGAAGGAACAAAUUGAACGCCCUUCCUAGUUGGCUCUGCUUGUUGCCUGCGCUUAAAAUACUUCUUGUCGAUGGCAAUCCGUUCCACGGUCCAUGGAAGGCACUUAUAGAACCGGUACUAGCUAUAUCUCCGAUGACACCCCUUUACCCGCCGUCUACAUCGAUAUUCCCUCUCCUUUCUGCUAGUGUGCAGAGCACCAACACAGAUGACACCGACUGCGAAGACGAGUCCCCUUACGACGACGACGUUGAUCGACAGCUUCAGGCUGCUCAGGAAGACGAGGAUACCAUCACUCCUGCCAAGUCUCCGCCUAUUGCGCGGUCGGUUACGUCUCCCCUACCUGCCACAGCAACGGAGCCUGCCAUACCUCCCAAACUGACCAGGACUCGUACUACGCCAGACCGUGCUUAUUACGACAAGAGUAGAGCAACUGGGAAAGCAGGGGUUGGGUCUAGUUCUGCGACCUCUUUGCGGCCCACCUCAUCGAAAGACAUGCAGGAUCCAGAUGAGCGAGAAUUACGCAAAAUGAAGAGUGCGGGUGAGCUACGACGGAAUAUAGCAAAACUGUCUCGUGCGGCGUCAAAAUCAGCGGCACCUUCUCCACAGUGCGCUGUUCUGUCGGAGUACGUCACCUCUGCAUCAAGUUCCGAUCUGCUCAACAUGGGUUCUCCCCCUCGGGAUAGCCAGGCUUUACCGAAACGAUAUGCUAGUCUUGGUGUGGCUUCUGGAACGUUGUCACCAAACGCUGUUCGUUCAAGACCUCAGAUGGAUAACAAUUUCUGGGACAAUCCUUCCGAAGCCGAUGAAAAGGCAGAUUUUUCUGCUCAGACAAUGCCAAGGAGGGCGACACUGCCACGAGGUCAUCCCGACUCACCGAGGCUAGAAUCAGAGAUCGCCCGUUCUGCCACCCAAACACGGUCAUCGAAGGAAGAAAGGAAGAAAGGCCUAGCCGCUGGGAUUUUUUGA